AUGUCUUCUCAUCUUCAAAGCCAAAAACAAAGUCAUCCUUCCCCGGAAAAGUUAGCACACGUUGUAUUUCGCACGGCCCCAGACAAAUACAAGACCAUGGUUAACUUCUACAUGCAAAUAUUGAAUGCAAUAAUCCGACAUGAAGACCCUGGUAAAAUAGCUUUUCUGUCCUUUGAUGAGGAACACCAUCGCAUCGCCAUUUUGGCCGUGCCAGGGAUUAUCACGCCCUCCCCAACUGAUAUACCACGAGCAGGCUUAGACCAUAUUGCCUUUACCUACAAGAGUCUAACGGAACUGGCACAGCUAUAUGUCAGUUUGCGCGAUCGUCAAAGCGACCCACUCAAGCCUAUUUGGAGUAUCAACCACGGUCCCACCACUUCUCUGUACUAUCGGGAUCCGCAGGGGAACAAGAUUGAGAUGCAAGUCGAUAACUUCGGCACGAUGGAGGAGGCAGAUUCAUAUAUGAAGAGUGACGAAUUUGCGGAGAACGCCUUGGGAGUAGAGUUUGAUGCGGACGAGUGGUCAAGGGAGAUAUUGGCCAAGAUGAAGCCCGAUGGAAGUGAGGGUUUGAGCGUGGAUGACACCAAGAAAUUGACCAAAAGGCCGAAUGUUGGGCCGAGGUCGGGGAUUCCACCGGGGCUCAUCUAG